AAGAGAGAGUGACUCGUAGUCACAGUUUGUUGAUGUGCGAUAAAAAAGAAUAUGAAUAUGAAGCAUGCCCCACGCAUUCGGAGCCGCCCCAACAGUGCGGUCACCGAAAGUGAAGCAACACCUCCAUCGUCACCUGCACCUGCACCGCUCACCACAUCCACAUCCACAUCUGCACCCGUGAAAGGCGCACUCAACGCUCGCGAGGAUCCCCAGCGACCACUCAGGUGCCUGGAAACACUUGCCCAGAAGGCGGGCAUCAACUUCGACGAGGACUUGGCCAAGAGUCCAUCAUCCCAGACAUCCCAAUCAUCGCCCAGCACCAGGACGACCCGCGGAGCAGCCGGAACGCCCACCAUCAGGCGGCGCCACCCACUAUUGCCACUCACCAGCAGCAGCAGGAGCAGCCGGAGCAGCUCACCAAGUACGCCCAACUCGAAGACGCGCGGCCAUAAGCUGGAGAAGUCACAGAGUCCCGCCCAACAGGUGGCGGCCGCCACCACCGUGCCGCUCCAGAUAUCGCCCGAGCAGCUGCAGCAGUUCUACGCGAGCAAUCCCUAUGCCAUCCAGGUGAAGCAGGAGUUUCCCACGCACACGACUGGCGGAGGGGGAACCGAGCUGAAGCAUGCGGCCAACAUCCUGGAUGUCCAGCAGCAGAUGCAGCUCCAGCAGCAGCUCUCGGAUGCCAGUGGGGGCGGAGGAGCGGGCGGAGGAGCCGCGGGGAAUGCAGGAGCAGCGGGAGGAGCACCUAGUCCGGCCAAUUCCCAACAGUCCACCGCCAUUAGCACCAUGUCCCCAAUGCAGUUGGCAGCUGCCACCGGUGGCGUGGGCGGGGAUUGGUCGCAGGGCAGGACAGUGCAGCUGAUGCAGCCCUCCACCAGCUUCCUGUACCCGCAGAUGAUUGUGUCCGGCAAUCUGCUGCACCCCGGCGGCCUCGGCCAGCAGCCCAUUCAGGUGAUCACCGCCGGCAAGCCGUUCCAGGGCAACGGCCCCCAGAUGCUCACCACCACGACGCAGAACGCCAAGCAGAUGAUCGGUGGCCAGGCGGGAUUCGCCGGCGGCAACUACACCACCUGCAUUCCCUCGAACCACAACCAGUCGCCCCAGACGCUGCUCAUCUCGCCGGUGAACGUCAUCUCCCACUCGCCGCAGCAGCAGCAGAACCUGCUGCAGUCCAUGGCCGCCGCAGCGCAGCAGCAGCAACUCACGCAGCAGCAACAGCAGCAACAGCUCACCCAGCAGCAACAGCAGCAGCAGCUCACCCAGCAGCAACAACAGCAGCAGCAACAGCUGACGGCUGCCCUGGCCAAGGUGGGGGUGGAUGCGCAGGGCAAGCUGGCCCAGAAGGUGGUCCAGAAGGUGACCACCACCAGCAGCACGGUUCAGGCGGCGACGGGACCAGGAUCCGCUGGGACGACCCAGGCCCAGCAAGUGCAGCAGGUCCAACAGCAGCAGCAGCAGACCACCCAAACCACCCAGCAGUGCGUCCAGGUCUCGCAGUCGACGUUGCCAGUCGGAGUGGGCGCCCAGUCUGUUCAGUCUGUCCAGACUGCCCAGCUCCUCAACGCCGGCCAGGCGCAGCAGAUGCAGAUCCCCUGGUUCUGGCAGAAUGCGGCAGGACUGCAGCCCUUCGGCUCCAACCAGAUCAUCCUGCGAAACCAGCCGGACGGAACCCAGGGCAUGUUUAUCCAGCAGCAGCCGACGACCCAGACCCUGCAGACGCAGCAGAACCAGAUCAUCCAGUGCAAUGUGACCCAGACCCCCACCAAGGCACGCACCCAGCUCGACGCACUGGCUCCUAAGCAGCAGCAGCAGCAGGGAGGCACCGCCAACCAGACACAGCAGCAACAGCUGGCUGUGGCCACUGCCCAGCUGCAGCAGCAGCAGCAACAACUCACGGCAGCAGCUCUGCAGCGACCGGGGGCCCCGAUCAUGCCCCACAAUGGAACCCAAGUGCGUCCGGCCAGCUCCGUGUCCACACAGACGGCCCAGAACCAGAGUCUGCUGAAGGCGAAGAUGCGCAACAAGCAGCAGCCGGUGCGACCCGCACUGCCCACCCUGAAGACGGAGAAUGGUCAGGUCGGGGGCCAGAACAAGGUGGUGGGUCACCUGACCACCGUGCAGCAGCAGCAGCAGGCGACGAAUCUCCAGCAGGUGGUCAAUGCGGCGGGCAACAAAAUGGUGGUGAUGAGCACGACGGGCACUCCCAUCACCCUCCAGAAUGGCCAGACGCUUCACUCGGCCACCACGGGAGUGGACAAGCAGCAACAGCAGCUGCAGCUAAUCCAGAAGCAGCAGUUCCUGCAGCAGCAGAUGUUCCAGCAGCAGAUCGCCGCCAUCCAGAUGCAGCAGCAGGCGGCAGUGCAGGCGCAGCAGCAACAGCAGCAGCAACAAGUCUCCCAGCAGCAGCAGGUGAACGCCCAGCAACAGCAAGCGGUGGCGCAGCAGCAGCAGGCGGUGGCGCAGGCCCAGCAGCAGCAGAGGGAGCAGCAACAGCAGGUCGCCCAGGCUCAGGCGCAGCAGCAGCAGGCACUCGCCAACGCCACUCAGCAGAUCCUCCAGGUGGCGCCCAACCAGUUCAUCACCUCCCACCAGCAGCAGCAGCAGCAGCAGCUCCACAACCAACUGAUCCAGCAGCAGCUGCAGCAACAGGCGCAGGCGCAGGCACAGGUUCAAGCCCAGGUGCAGGCCCAGGCGCAGCAGCAGCAACAGCAGCGGGAGCAGCAGCAGCAGCAGCAGCAGAACAUCAUCCAGCAGAUUGUGGUGCAGCAGUCGGGCGGAGCCAGCGCCCAGCAGCAGCAGCAGCAGGCACAACAGCAAUCUGGACAGCUGCAGCUGAGCAGCGUGCCCUUCUCGGUUUCCUCGACGACGACGCCAGCCGGAAUAGCCACCUCCAGUGCCCUGCAGGCAGCUCUCUCCGCCUCGGGCGCCAUCUUCCAAACAGCCAAGCCCGUCACGUGCAGCUCCUCCUCCCUGCCCACCAGCAGUGUGGUCACCAUCACCAACCAGAGCAGCACUCCCCUGGUCACCAGCAGCACGGUGGCCAGCAUGCAGGCACAGGCUCAAGCUGCUCAGAUCCACCAGCAGCAGCAGCAGCUGAUCAGCGCCACCAUUGCAGCAGCAUCUCAACAACAGCAGCAACAGGGACCACCUUCACUGACGCCCACCACGCCCUCACCCACCACCAAUCCCAUUCUGGCCAUGACCUCGAUGAUGAAUGCCACGGUGGGCCACCUGUCUACCGCUCCGCCCGUGACUGUUUCUGUGACCAGCACCGCUGUCACUCCGUCGCCGGGUCAGCUGGUCACGCUGAGCAGUGCCAGCAGCGGAGGAGGAAGUUUUCCCAGCACGCCCUCCAAGGAGACACCUUCGCGAGUGCCCACCGCCACCCUGGUGCCCAUUGAUUCACCCAUGACGCCUGUUUCGGGCCAGGACAGCUGCAGCACACCCAAGUCCUCCACUCCCGCCAAUGUCAGUGCGUCCGUGGAGGCCAGUAGUUCCACGAGUGAGGCUCUGCCCAACGGGGAAGCCACGGAUAGGGCCUCCACGCCUUCAAAGGCCGCCACGACUCCCACCAGUAAACAGAGCAAUGCGGUGCAGCCAACGAGCAGCUGCUCCACUCCCACCAGUGCCAGUGGAAAGGAAGAGCCCAAGGUGGCGACCUCAGUCAGUUCAACGUCCGCAACUUCAACGCCAACGACGACGACGAUCAGCAAUGGGAUUGGGAUAGCCAGAUCGACCGCAGGCACCACUGGGAGCACGACCGCUAGCACAACUACCACUACUUGCAGCACUUCAACCACAAGUUGCACGAGCAUCACAACAACUACCACGACGAGCAACAGCAAUGGAGCCAAGGAUCUGCCGAAGGCAAUGAUAAAGCCGAAUGUUUUAACCCACGUCAUCGAUGGCUUCAUCAUCCAGGAGGCUAAUGAACCGUUUCCGGUCACCAGGCAGCGGUAUGCAGACAAGGACGUCAGCGAUGAGCCGCCAAAGAAAAAGGCAGCCAUGCAGGAGGACAUAAAGCCAAGUGGAAUAGCAUCUGCUCCAGCCUCGGACAUGGUGGCCUGCGAGCAGUGUGGCAAGCUGGAGCACAAGACGAAGCUCAAGCGAAAGCGCUACUGCUCGCCGGGAUGCGCCAGACAGGCGAAGAACGGCAUCGGGGGAGUCGGAACAGGAGAGACCAACGGCCUGGGAAGCGGCGGAAUCGUUGGAGUGGACGCCAUGGCAUUGGUGGACAAACUGGACGAGGCUAUGGCUGUGGAGAAGAUGCAGACGGAGGCCCUGCAGGCAAUGUCCGAAAUUCAGCCCAUUCAGGCGGCUCCCACGGAGGUUCCAACACCGAACACAAUGCCGGUGCUAACGGCUAUUCCGGCAUCCUCCCCACUUUCGAUGCCUCUGGCAUUGCCGUUGCCAGUUGCAAUACUUCCUUCUGUGCCAUUGCCGCCAGUCGUCCCUGCCGGAGUGGUCACUCCCGUGGCCGCCGCGCUGUCAUCCAGCAAUGUGAAUGGAUCGGAUCGCCCGCCCAUUAGCAGCUGGAGUGUGGAGGAGGUCAGCAACUUUAUCCGAGAACUGCCCGGGUGUCAGGACUAUGUGGACGACUUUGUUCAGCAGGAGAUCGACGGCCAGGCGCUGCUGCUGCUCAAGGAGAACCAUCUGGUGCACGCCAUGGGCAUGAAGCUGGGCCCAGCCCUCAAGAUUGUGGCCAAGGUGGAGUCCAUGAAGGAGGUUCCGCCGCCGGGCGAUGCGAAGGAUGCGGCGGCCGGUGGAGCGCAAUAGUGUCAGCGGGAUGAGCCAGGUGAGAUGAUGCCUUCGCCCUCGUAUUCCAUAACUCCGCCACCUUAUUCGCCGGUGGGCAGGCAAACCGCUCCAUCUCCGACUCCAACUCCGACCGCUCCUGCCAGCACUCCGCCAGAGUCCGAGGACAGCAGCGGGGGCAGUCACCUGUGCUACGACCUGACCACGCGCCUCUGCCACGACCUUCGGCUGGAGGAGGAGCCAUAGCUCUGGACCGGGUCCAA